CGCGUUCUCGCACAGGAAGUGACGGAUGAUUCCACAAGCAUCAACAUUCGGUAUGAGAAUGUCAACAUAAACAACACCAGUCUUUUUUCAGUUGAUGAGCUUUGAUUUCACGGAGUCUGUUCUGGGAUCAGUUAAUUUUCACAUCGCGCCGUGUCUUUGCGAAGUCAUGAUGGCAAAUCCAGUGAGCAUUCAGACGCUCAGUAAAACAUGGGAACUGAGCCUGUAUGAACUACACCGAACACCACAGGAAGCACUCAUGGACAGCACAGAGAUCGCAGUGUCUCCCAGGAGCCUCCACAGUGAACUGAUGUGUCCCAUCUGUCUGGACAUGCUGAAGAACACCAUGACCACCAAAGAAUGUCUACAUCGCUUCUGCUCUGAAUGCAUUGUCACUGCGCUCAGAUCAGGAAACAAGGAAUGUCCUACCUGCAGGAAGAAGCUUGUGUCCAAGCGAUCUCUGCGUGCUGAUCCAAAUUUCGACGCUUUGAUCUGUAAGAUCUACCCGAGUCGUGACGAGUACGAGGCCCAUCAGGACAAAGUUCUGGAGCAGCUCAGCCGACUGCACAACACGGAGGCGCUCAGCUGCAGUAUUGAGCAGGGCCUGCGCAUGCAGGCCAGACACAGAGCUCAGCGUGUCCGUAAGAUCCACCAGGAGGGUGAAAACGCUAUCAGCGGCGGCGAGGACAACGGUGACACCCAAUCCCACAUCUCGCAUGACUCCACCACUGUGAGCUACGGUCCUGAGGCCGGGCCCAGCCGCAACAAGAGACCGCGGGCGUCCGACGAUUCCGGACCCGAGGCCGGCGGAGAGAGCCGCACCCCUCCUCGACGACUACCAAGCCACGGCACCAACUCUGAGAUCGAACUCAUAUUUCAACCGCAUCCCCUGCUGGUGACCACGCAACAGUACAGCCAAACAAGAUUUGUCAAAACAACAGCCAAUGCGACCGUAGACCACCUGUCUAAAUACCUGGCUCUUCGCAUAGCUCUGGAGGAGCGUCAGACAGACGGUUGUGUGGAGGGAGAGACAGCAGCCGCUGUUAGUGAGAAAGACUUCACUAUCUUCAUAAAGACAGCAGGAGGACAGUUCUCCAUCCUAAAUGGCUCAUUGACUCUGGAGUUGGUGAAUGAGAAGUUUUGGAAGGUCUGUAAACCUCUGGAGUUGUACUACGCUAUGACAGUGGAGCAGAAUCAGACGUCUCAGCUGUGACAGGGACAUAAGUGAUGUAUCAUCAUCAUACUGCACAUGAAGACCCAUCUGACACACAGAUGUCCACCAGCAUGAUGACCCAAAUAGAGGGCCACAGGGAUGACAUUUUUGUAGACCAACCCCAGAAGUUAGUUGGACACCGGGUUCCAUCGCUAAAAAGCCCAUUCAUUUUUUCCUCAUAGACUUCUGGA